UCCGUAGUAGAGACAGACUUGCUAACACUGUCCUGCAGUAAAACAACAGAUAAUAUCCCGCCGUUAACUACAGUGAGGUGGUACAGAAACACAGAGGCGAUAUUUCAAACAGUUGGGGGGGAAGUACUACCAGAUGACUCAAACACAACGGAAUACGAUCAAGUCUCAGGACGUAUCAAUGUGACGACCAACCAACAAGUACACAAGGUGAUGCUUCAGAUUAACUCCAGCCUGGAUGACGGAUCCGUGUGGAGAUGUUACGUUGGCCGACUACUACAGUAACAGUCUGAAUGUUGUUGUCCUGACUCCUACAACAGUUGCAGCUCCGAUCACCACUGCACCACACCAUGGCCCUAUUUCUACAGAGUUGCCUUCUGGUUUCCCCAAUGUGUACAUUAUAGCUGGGUCCAGUGCGGGGCUGCUCAUCAUCAUUGUCCUCAUCGGUUUUGCUGUCGUUCGCAUGAAACAUACUGCAGUGGCAAGAGAUGAAGAACCAGAGGCGGUAAAAGAUGAUCAUAAAGAAGAAGAAUCGGGAAACGACAAAGCGAUGGUGGACAACGUUUGUUACGUUGGUUUUGUGGAGGUGGGCGGGGACACAACAGAGGAGGCACCACAAGGCUGUGUAUCAGAUGCACACAACAUGAGCGGGCUUCAAGAGCGAAGGACGCUGUCGCUGGAAUCAUGUCAUAUUGACGACGAUCUAUAUGCUAAACCUGUCAAGAAAGCAGAUCGGAAAGUAAUGAUGGACUGCAGCCUCGGCAACCAGUGAGGAACACCACUAUAACUGGCGACACCAAGCAUUGGGAUCCAGGUCUAUGUGGACAGACGAACCAAGACUUCCGUUUGAAGUGAUUUUGUUUCAUGCUCCUCCAGCUAUAUGACAUGCACUU